AUGGCUCCAAACUUGAACAUCUCGGCUUUCAAAUAUCCGUUGGGGUUCAUUAGAAUCGUCGAAUUUGUGGGUUUAUAAAAUUUAAAUAGUUGACGAAGCGAAAAUCAAGAGAAACUGAAAAUCCUCUUUUCAAGAUUUUCAUUGUGAUCGCGAUCGCCGCAGUGAACAGUUGGGGCGUCGACGUUUCCUACAAUUGUCCUCCAAAGCUCCCCCAAAACAAUACAAGAUUGCUGAUCCAGAAGUCGGCAACAUUCACGUUGAUUCAAAAUCUACGGCGUAAAUCGAAUUCUGCAAUUCAGACUGUCAAAGGCACAAUUUCAUUCAUGUCUUGAUGACAACUCGAGGCUGACUUUGUGGCCUUCCGAUGACAGCGCCGGAGGGUUCUCUCAGAAGUUUUUUUCCCCGAAGACGAAGGAAGUUUUCAGGAGCGCAGGAUUCUUUUACUUUGUCAACGUCGCUGCUUUGAUCUACGUUCUCAUAAUCACUUUCGCCUACGUCAUUCUCUGGCAGCACUACCAGUCCGACAAAAGAUUUCCCUUUGGGGGUCAGUUAUGCCAAGAGAUCAGUAUUCUUUUUCAACAUUUUUCUCAUUCAUUUGGAGAAUACUGUCUCAAUCUUUCAACACUUUUCAAAGUGACGUUAUUUCGAACUUCAUUUCAGCCAAUUCAGAGCUUUUCCCAAAACCAAUAAAUUCGGAGUCACAAAAAUGUUUUGAUCCGGUAUUUGCAGGAUCUCGGAUUGACGGCCCUCUUUUUCGUACUUUUCUUCUUCUGCUCGUCUAUCUGGUGGGCCGGAGCCAACACGAUCGGAUCCGCCACUGCGUGAGAGUCAACGUGAAGUCGCAGUUCAUUCGGAGAAUUUUCAGAGACGAGCAUCUGACCGGACUCUUCAAGCAGGAGCAAUGGGCAGCUCAAAAUGCGACUUUCGUUUCCAGAGAUGUCAACAACGGCAAACUCGCCAUUUCUGUGGUCUGUUCCCUUUGCCGCCUUUUGGGGCAAAGUCCUCCUUUGCAGUUGGCUGACUGGGUCUGCGUCUUGUGUUUCGCCCUCAACUGCUGGUUCAUCUGGAAGGAGGUCGUCCCUCGAGAUUCCAGCGACCCGACUACCAUUGCAUAA